GCCCUCUCCACUCCGCAGUCAUGAUCCCUUGGGUCCUUCUGCUCCUGUGGAUCUCCGGACAUGGGACAGAGGCCAUGUUUUCCCAGCAGCCACAGGACCUGGUGGCGGUGGCAGGCCAGCCUGUGACAUUACCAUGCAGUAUCCCUGGUUAUCACGGCGUCGUCCUGUGGAUCAAAAACGGCUUGGCACUGGGUGUGGGCAGAGACCUCUCUGGCUACCCUCGUUACACAGUGAUUGGCGACCACGGUUCAGGGGAGCAUCAUUUGCGAAUCCAGCAUGUUGAACUGAUGGAUGAUGCAGUGUUUGAGUGCCAGGCGGUUCAGGCUGCCAUGAGGUCCCGUCCUGCCCGCCUCACUGUUCUGGUUCCUCCAGAAGACCCAGUCAUCAGUGGAGGGCCCAUUGUAAGCCUAAGAGCCGGUGACCCACUCAAUCUGACGUGCCAUGCUGACAAUGCCAAACCUGCAGCCUCAAUUAUCUGGAUCCGCAAUGGAGAGGUCCUUAAUGGGGCCAUGUACUCCAAGACCUUACUCAGGGAUGGCAAGAGGGAAAGCACCGUAAGCACACUCUACCUAUCACCGUCCAACAUUGAGACAGGUCAGCAGAUCAUCUGUAAGGCCUCCAACAAGGCAGUCACCAACGGCAAGGAGACCAGUGUCACAAUUGACAUUCAACAUCUCCCACUUGUAAAUCUCUCAGUGGAGCCUCAGCCUGUUCUGGAGGGCAACCUUGUAAAAUUCCACUGCUCCGCAAAGGCCAACCCUCCUGUCACACACUACAGGUGGGCUAAAGGGGGAAGUAUAAUCAAGGAGGUCUCUGGAGACACGUAUGAGGUUAUUGUGGACCACUCCUUCUUUACAGAGCCUGUGUCCUGCGAGGUUACCAACCCGCUUGGCAGCACCAACAUCAGCCGCAAUGUUGAUGUCUACUUUGGUCCUCGCAUGGCUGCGGAGCCUCAGUCCUUGCAGGUUGACCUUGGAUCUGAUGCUGUGUUCAACUGUGCCUGGACAGGAAAUCCCUCUCUUACCAUAGUGUGGAUGAAAAGAGGCUCUGGAGUGGUUCUUAGCAACGAGAACCUCCUGACGCUGAAAUCUGUGAGACAGGAGGACGCUGGAAAAUAUGUUUGUCGUGCCGUUGUGCCACGUGUUGGAGCAGGGGAGAAGGAGGUUUCUCUUACCGUCAAUGGGCCGCCUACUAUCUCCAGCACACAGACUCAGCAAGCUUUACAUGGAGAGAAAGGACAAAUCAAAUGUUUCAUUCGAAGUACCCCUCCACCAGACCGCAUUGCCUGGUCGUGGAAGGAAACAGUGCUAGAGUCUGGAACAUCCGGCCGCUACACCGUAGAGACGGUCAACACAGAGGAGGGAGUCAUCUCCACGCUGACCAUGAGCAACAUUGUCCCAGCUGACUUCCAGACUAUCUACAACUGCACCGCGUGGAACAGCUUUGGCUCUGACACCGAGAUCAUACGCCUUAAGGAACAAGAAUCUCUCCCAGUGGCGGUGAUCAUCGGCAUUGCUGUGGGAGCUUUCGUGGCCCUCAUUGUCCUCAUGGGCACCAUCGGAGCAUUCUGUUGCACCCGCUCCCAGAGAAAGGAAGCGCACCUGGUUAUGCCCUCACUGCCCGUCUCCAUCUGUGCUCACCAGAGAGAACUUGCAAGCAAAAUUAAGACAGAAAAUCUGAAAGGAGUCGUGUCGGCAAAAAAUGACAUCCGCGUGGAGAUAGUGCACAAAGACCACAACGCAGCCCGGGAAAAUGAAGAGCACACCUCCAUGAAACAACUGAUGGUGAGUGUUGAACGAGAAGAGUUCCAGCAGGAAUCUGUUCUGAAGCAGCUGGAGGUAUUGCAAGAGGAAGAGAAGGAGUAUCAGCACAUAAAGGACCCCACAAAUGGCUACUACAGUGUUAAUACCUUCAAGGAGCACCACACACCUACCAUGACAGGUAGUCAGACCACUGAGGUGAGGAACCCCACGAACACAGGUACCCUGGGAAAGCAGCGGGUACCGACGGGCAUGUCCUUCACCAACAUCUAUUCCACUCUUGGAGCUGGUCCCAACCGACUGUAUGACUACAGCCAACGCUUUGUGCUGGGCAUGGGCAGCAGCUCCAUUGAGCUUUGUGAGCGGGAGUUUCAGCGCGGUUCGCUCAGUGACUCCAGCUCUUUUAUCGACACGCAGUGUGACAGCAGCGUCAGCAGCUACAGUAAGCCAGACGGCUACGUGCAGUUCGACAAAGACAGCAAGGCCUCUGCCUCCUCUUCAUCUCACUAUUCCCAGUCCUCCUCGCAGAACUCAGACCUCACUCGGCCCCUCCAGAAGCGCAUGCAGACCCAUGUCUGACCUCUUGAGAGGAAGGGCGUUGGAACGGGGUGAAACACGCAGCUAGGAUUGUAAAACUCUGAAAGAAACAAGGAGCCCCUAUAAAAACAAUGUUAGGUGUUUCCCGUGGAUGCCUGAAGACACUGGGGCUUUAAUGCACCACAUGACUUGUUUAGACUCCCCAGUGUCCCGAAAAAAUGGAUCAAGAAGCCUUAUAUUUCGCUCAUGCUCAACUCAUCAACUCCCUCCUUUGUGCCACAGAGAGGUUAUUUGCCAACACAGACACUACACAAGUCCAGCAUUUAAACUUUGGGGGUUUUGCUGUGACAUUGUUGACAGAUCACAAGGCUUGUGUGACAAUCAGCACCCUUGGGACGGACCAGUUUCGCUUUCUGAAGAUUGUCAUUCUGAAAAACUGGAAUUGUUGUCAUGAGAGUUUUGGCACUCAGCACAAACUGCCUGAUAAUGAGUGCAAGCCAGUGUCCUGCUGCUCUCUUGUAGUUUGAAGCACAAAAUUAAAUGUGCAUGUGGUUUUUAGUUGUUAAAACAAUAACUUUUCCCACUCCCAUCUUCCUUUAAACACCGUACGUUAAGCCCGGCUUGUCGAAACUCGUCUCCUGUGUAGGUGUAAGAAAACUUUCUCCAUAUGCCCACAGACGUUUCAAACACUGAAAAGAACGGUUGUUUUUCUCUCCGUAGCUGUAUCUGGGCCACAGAGCUGAGCAGAUAAAGAUGGGCUGAGAUCUCAUUUUAAAUCCCUGAGUCAUUAUUUUACUUUGAGACUCUGCGAUAAAAGAAUAUCAGUGUACAUAUGCGACUGUAAUUUCUUUUCUAGCAUCUAAUUUCUGACUCUGAUUUCCCUCAUGGAUGACUCUAAAUGAGACAUGGGCGUCUCUUUUUGUCCAUAUCUACUUGCCUUGAGGGUCUGUUUGAACUGUUUGAACUGGGUCAAUACAAACUUUGACUAAGCGAGAUAGAUGCACACUAUCUGUUCUUCUGGUGAGGAGAGCUGCAUCCGCCGUGGUGUUACCACGCUAAAUCCAGCUCCAAGGCUGCAGCAGGAAAGCCAAAAUGAGUACAAACCACAACAUGCGUUGUGCUUGUGAAUUUCUCCUUGUAACGCCACAGAUCAUCAACCAUAUACUUGAGGUGACCUGCUAAAGGAAAUGUAAACAUUAUAUUUUAGCUUCUCAUCGUGUGGUUAUCCCAUCGCUUUUGUCAAUAUCGCUGUUGACACCGGCGCUUAGUGCAUCCUGACUGUAUACCUACUUGUGAUUGUGAUGGUCAUCAAGGGACAUAACAAGCAAAUUUAGAAAAUGUGUUUUAUUUUGAUGUCUGCUAUUCAUUUAGAGCUACUGUGGGGCUGGUGGUGGCUUGUUGAGUGCAUUGUUAUUUUUGUUAUCCACUGUAUGUGACAUGUAUGAAUCGGCUUUAUUUUGAAAUCACUGACACUGUAAUUGCUUUAGUUGAGAGUAUAGGCAGAGUAGUGAUUUAACUAGCACCACGAACACUCAUGCUUUUUUUGUAAAAUUUUCAAGGUGAACCUGUUGUCAGGAGUGUCGUAGUCGUACACCGCGCAUGUUUUGAGGUAGAAAAGAAGUGAUGCUGGAGAGUUUUGCCGUUUUGUGACACAGAAAAACAGGUUUUGUGCAAAGCAGAUGCUGUGCAGCUACUGUGCAAACAUAUUGCAGUCUUAAUGCUGCCACACACAUGGAUGCUGCCAUAUUAUUGUUGUUAACCUUAAGCUGUGUUAACAGGAUUUGAUAAGAGCAUCCUUUUACAAUAAACACUGAUCCUUUUUUGCAGUAGCUGCAGUUACAUAUUGCACCACAUUACAUUUAAUUAUAGCAUUCAAUUGCCUCAUAUGUCUGUGCAUUUUCAAGGUCUGUUGCAACCAUACUGUUUGUUAUUUUAUCAGAUCUGUAAAAUAUAGCGGACUUCCUGAAAAAUAACCACAAACUGCUGUUGAAAAAAAAAAAGAUUUAAAAACAGUGGCUCGCAAUGUUAGUGUCAGCUUCGGUUUGUCAAAUCAAACAAAAACAUCACACAAAAGUAUAAAUGGUUAUAAAAAAAAAUCUAAUAAGGUAGAUUUUCAGUAUGUAGUGCAGCAGUCAAUUGGGAUGUACCUGUGUGAGCCUGAAACUACAAAAUCUGCCUCUCAACCCAUGAAGAAACAAGCACGGUGUUUCUAACAAAAGCAAGUUGUUGUUGUUGUAAGCACUUUACAUAUGAUUAUAUUCAAGGCAUUUGAAUGGGGCUUUCCACUUGAGUGGCAGCGGUUUGGACUCUAAUUUUACAAAUGGAUUGGUGCCCAUUGUACAGCUUAAGACAAAAAGCUCUGUUUCAACGCUGAUAAUCCAGCUUGGCACUUAGCAGACUGUAUAUAAAUCUCUAAUGCUGUCUUUCUCUGUAUAUAAUUUUUCCUGGCUUUUCUUUCUUUCUCAUUCAGAUUACACUGUUUCAGAGCUCAACAAACCCACAUGGCAUCAGAACUGUAAAGACAGACAAUAUUUUUCUUUCUUUGUUUCCUUUCCAAAAAAAAACAAAAAAAAAUCAUCAACCUUGCUGUUUCUCACAAACUACAUGAAAGGCCUGUGCGAGCAGUUUUUCUCUUCCCGCAGAUCUCACAGGGAAAACUUACACUCUGUACACCAGGCACACACGAGGCUAUAGGAUGAGAAGCUGAGCAUAGCUGGGACAGCUUUGAAGUCAAAUACAGUAAGGGGUGAUUAUUCUUGCAGCCCCUCUGAGAGAUGCACAGAUGUCCAGCAUAUAUUGCAUUUGGCACCACUGUGACUGUCAAGUAUGAGUGUUGCACUUUUUCAUUUAUUUUUUUCUCAGUAUUUAUGAGGGUAGGAUUAAAUGAUUUCAUUGAUAUCACCAACAUUCAAUUAUAGUGUAAUCUACUUUGGGGGAUUUUUUUUUAAAAAUAUCUUUAUGUUAUGCAUUACUUUACAUUUACAUGAUCAGAAUUCAAAAAUUGUGCCCAUUCAAAACUUGCCAUACUUUUAGCAACUCUUCAUGAAAACAAAACAAAUUUGUUGUCCUUCUAAAAAUGGAUCGUUUUCUCUAUCUGCACUGAUCCAAACAUAAUGCAUUUUCCCAGUCCAGAGAAUCUGCACACUGCACAGCAAACAGAUAAAUAUUUGAUAGGCCAGCCUUCUGUCCCACCCCCCCCCCCCCCCCCC